AUGACUGCUAGUCGUUUGAAGAAUGCUUCAGUACAAAUUGAAGAUCUUCUUAAAGAAUACGACAUUCGUCUACGUCCAUCCUUCGGAAAUGAACCAUUAUUAUUAGAUAUUGAAAUACGUUUAGCAAGUUUUGAUAGUAUAUCUGAAGUUAAUAUGGAUUAUACAUUAACACUUUAUUUAAAUCAAUAUUGGCGUGAUGAUCGUUUAAUAUUUGGUAAUAAAACUGAAGAAAUGACAUUAACUGGUGAAAUUAUUGAUAAAUUUUGGUUGCCUGAUACAUUUUUUCCCAAUGAUAAAAGUGCAUAUUUACAUGAUGUAACAGAAAAAAAUAAAAUGAUACGUUUAAGUGGUAAUGGAGAUAUUCUUUAUGGUAUGAGAUUUACAACAACAUUAGCAUGUAUGAUGGAUUUAAGACGAUAUCCACUUGAUAGACAAAAUUGUACAGUUGAAGUUGAAUCUUAUGGUUAUACACAAGCUGAUGUUAUUAUGCGUUGGAAAAAUGGUCGAGCAUCUAUAUUAGAUCUUGAUAAAGUUCAUUUACCACAAUUUACUAUAACUGGAUUUGAUACGAUAUCAUAUGGAAUUUAUUUAGCAACAGGUGUUUAUCAACGUCUUUCGUUAAGUUUUAUUCUUCAACGAAAUAUAGGUUAUUUCUUAUUUCAAACUUAUCUCCCCUCUAUUCUUAUUGUCAUGUUAUCUUGGGUUAGUUUUUGGAUAAAUCAUGAAGCAACAAGUGCACGUGUUGCAUUAGGUAUUACAACUGUUUUAACAAUGACAACAAUUUCGACAGGUGUUCGAUCAUCUCUACCACGUAUAUCCUAUGUUAAAGCAAUUGAUAUUUAUUUAGUUAUGUGUUUUGUAUUUGUAUUUGCUGCUUUACUUGAAUAUGCAGCUGUUAAUUAUCUUUAUUGGGGUACAAGAGCAAAGAGACGAAAAGAAAAAAAUCAACAAAAUAAAAACAAAAAAAAAGAUAAUGAAUUAAUUGAAGAAGGUAGUAAUCGAGCUUCACCUAUAUUUGGUUUACGUCCAAAUGCAUUAACCAAUCAUCGAACAACAACAACAACAUCUCUGGAUGAAACUUCUUUAACUCGAAGAAAUAAUAAUCAUACGAUUGAAACACAACUACCACGUAUUCGUCCUCUUUUAAGAGGAAAUGUUGGAUUAUAUUCGUCAUCAUUAAAUCGAAAUCCUCGUCAACAACGAAUAAAUCGUCUUCUCAAUCAUCUACGAACUCGUGCACUAAAUAUACGACAACAUAUACCACGUUUACAGGAUGUUAAUGAUAUUGAUAAAUGGUCACGUUUAUGUUUUCCUAUCCUUUUUAUACUUUUCAAUGCAGCUUAUUGGCCCUAUUAUAUAGCUCGACCACAAACUUCUAAUUAA